AGAAGGCAGCGGGGCGCUUCGUCGUCGGUCCCUAUGCUUCUUCUUUCCCCGUGCUCUUUAUACUCAUCUUGCACGGACAACUUCGCUUUCGGCCUGGGAAUUUUGAAUGAUAUUUGUAAACAAAUAACGACGUUUAUAUUUACAUAGUUUCGAAUAAACUAGAGUUCUUACCAUGUACCGGGGAGGUUCAGGCAGCCAACCAAGGGAGCCUAGUAUGGGGAGUAGUUACAACAAUGUUAGGCCCCCAGGAUAUGCAGGCAUUGCACAGAUUGAGAAAGCCACAAGGCUGGUAAAACGACACCGUUCAGAGCAAGAUUAUUUUGAUGACAGUGAUCCAGAAGAGAGCGCAGCUCCCACCGGAGGAGACGACAGUGAUGAAGAAGACCCUUUGGAUGCCUUUAUGGCAGGCAUACAGGAAGAAAUCAGAAAUGAGUCUGAAAAACCAAAAGAGAAGACAAAAAAAGCAAAGCGGCAAGAUAUUGAAGAAUUUGAUGAAAUGGAAGAAUACAUGCAGUACAUGAGAGAUAAUCCUACCGCAGGAUUAAAUGCGCCAAUGGAUGAUGAUGAUCUCAUAGAGUAUGAUGCCGAUGGCAAUCCUAUCAUUCCCGAAAAGUCCAGAAUCAUAGACCCGUUACCGAGCAUUGAUCAUUCUGAGAUUUAUUAUGACGCAUUUAAUAAGAAUUUUUAUGAGGAGCAUGCUGACAUUGCUAGGCUGUCAUAUCUUGAUGUAAUGGAUCUUAGGAAGAAGCUAGGGAUUAAGGUGUCAGGAGCAGAUCCUGCUAAACCUGUCUCCAGCUUUGCUCAUUUUGGGUUUGAUGAGCAAUUAAUGCAUUAUAUCAGAAAAUCAGAGUUUUCAUCACCAACACCUAUCCANNGACAGGGUAUUCCCAUAGCAAUGGGUGGACGCGAUAUGAUUGGUAUUGCCAAGACUGGUAGUGGGAAAACGGCAGCAUUUAUCUGGCCUCUGCUUAUACACAUCAUGGAUCAGAAAGAGCUACAGCCUGGCGAUGGUCCAAUUGGUUUGAUUUGUGCCCCAACACGAGAGCUGUCCCAGCAGAUAUAUAUUGAAUGUAAAAAGUUUGGAAAAGCUUACAAUAUAAAGGUUGUAUGUGCUUAUGGAGGAGGAAAUAUGUGGGAACAAACAAAAGCAUGUCAAGAAGGUGCAGAGAUCAUUGUUUGUACACCAGGUCGUAUGAUUGAUCUCAUCAAGAAGAAAGCAACCAAUUUUCAGCGAGUUUCAUUUCUCGUAUUUGAUGAGGCUGAUAGGAUGUUUGACAUGGGCUUUGAGCCCCAAGUGCGCUCAAUUGCUAAUCAUGUCAGACCAGAUCGGCAAACAUUGUUGUUUAGUGCAACAUUCAGAAGAAAGAUAGAGAAGCUAGCAAGGGACAUUUUAAUAGAUCCUGUGCGAGUGGUACAGGGUGACGUUGGGGAGGCAAAUCAAGAUGUAGAGCAGAUAGUGCAGUUGUUCCAGGAGGAUUACCAGAAGUGGAAGUGGUUGACAUCCAAGCUGGUGAGCUUUAUGACUGUUGGAAGUGUUUUAAUCUUUGUUACAAAGAAAGUCAAUGCAGAGGAAUUGGCAGCGAACUUAGGAAAGCAAGACUUUAUAGUUGGGCUGUUGCAUGGUGAUAUGGAUCAGGGCAGUAGAAAUAAGGUGAUCAGUGGUUUCAAACGAAAAGAGUUUGCAGUAAUGGUAGCAACAGACGUUGCAGCACGUGGCUUGGACAUCCCCUCCAUUAAGACCGUCAUAAAUUAUGAUGUUGCGAGAGACAUUGACACUCAUACUCACCGGAUUGGUCGAACAGGUCGAGCAGGUGAGAAAGGCACAGCAUUUACCCUUAUGACAAGUAAAGAUGUUCAUUUUGCUGGUGAUCUUGUACGGAACUUAGAGGGAGCUAAUCAAUCAGUGCCAUCUGAGGUGAUGGAACUAGCAAUGCAGAACAAUCGCUUUCGAAAGUCGCGAUUCAAAGGUGGACGUGGUAAACGUCUCAAUCAGGGCGGUGGUGGACUUGGGUAUCGUGAACGCCCUGGUCUCGGCAGCUCGGACGGUGAUGAUGCAACAGAGGCCAAAGAUCAGUCAGGUGAUUUAGAGCCACCUACUGCGAAGACAAAUGCGACAGGACCACUGGGAGAAAGGUUUGGGGGUGGUGUCACAGAAGGUCUGUACUCAAGCAGGCUGGCAGCAAUGAAGACUUCUUUUUCAGCUCAGUUUAAGUCACAGUUCCAAGCAGCUUCAUCCGCAUCUGCUAGCAGCACAUGGGGUGGUAAAAAAGGGAUGGUUAUUCCACCCAAGAUAGACACCACUGUCCAAAAGAUAAAUACACCUGCAGCCAUGCCUCCUCCCAGCUUCAUACCACCUUCCAAGAUAAGUGGAUUUAUCAGCAGUGUCAGAAAUGAAACUACAAAAACAGAAAGUGAUCGAUACGAGAAACGUGAUCGUAGGAGAAGUCGUGAUGACGAUCGAUAUGAUGAUCGACAUGACGACCGACACGAAAGACGGCGAAACUAUGAUGAUGAUCGACAUGAUUACAGACGAGAUGAUGAGAGGAGAGAGGAUCGAAAUAGGCACAAUAGGGGACGAGAUCGUAGUGAUAGAGAUAGAAGAGACACUCACGAUAGAGGGAGUACUGGAAGUCGAUCACACAGCCAUGAUAGUGAAAGGAGGCAUGAUGACAGGAGCAGCAGAAGAAAUAGUCAUGAUAGUGGAAGUAGAAGGCAUAGCUCAGAGGAUGAGAGCAGCAAGUCCAUCAGUUCGACACCAGAAAUACUAUCUCAAAGUAUAACAACCAACAUUGCAUCUCCUGAAGUCAGCCAGGUGGCGUACCCAGUCCCCAGUAUGACUAUGAAACAAUUAGUUGCCAAAGCAUCAAGGUGGGAUAGUACAGGAGAUUCUGGAAUUAAAACAAGUUCUGGGGACAAUAACAGCAACAGUAUGCUUCCUCCAACUGACAUGCCACCACCUGUUAAGAAAGUCAGAAAGAGUCGCUGGGACACUUGAAUUUAGAUUUUUUGACUUUAAGAACAGAAAAAUUUUGGAGUAAACCAGAAGUUAACAACAUGUAGUAAUAUCCAAUCAUGGAGCUGGUGAACAUUAUAUUUAUUAAACAUGCUGCACCUUUUUUUUUUUUUUUUCAAAGUUGAGACUUCCGUAAUUUGGAAAAACUAUACCAGUAUACUCGCGUACAAGGCAAACUGCUUACACAACGGCCCCGGAUUUUGAGAUUUUUUGGACAAUCAUUGUAUGUCAUGUAUAAGACGACCCCUGUCGGAAUUCAUACAAUUUGCUGCUCUUUAUGGUCGAUACUGCGUGUAGCUGGCUAAAAAAUGGAGUCAAAUAUAGGGCUAAUCUUCAAAAAAUACCAUUUUAUGGGCUUUUAAAAAAGCAAAAUAUGUGACCUUUAUCAUUAGGUUUAAUUAAAGUAAAGGUUUUAAAAAAACAAUUUU